ACCCCUGAUUACUCCCAUCUGUCUGGCCCGUUUCUUGUGAGCUUUCUCGUGCUUCGCAGUGCUGCACUUUUUCUUUCCUUUUCCAGAAGCAUUACCUGCUUUAUUUGCUUGCUCGCAGAAACAUGUACGUGUGGCUGACUUUCCUCGUGGCUGGACUGAGUGCGCUGCCCGCUCUGCUCUGGACACUGUGUCCGUACUUCACUCAGGACUGCGCCUACAUGCUGAAGGCUGCGCUCUUCGGACUGCGCCUGGAGCGCUAUAAGAGGAGAGCUCGCUUCUACAGCAUUCUCGACUGUUUUCUGGAUGCCGUGACCAAACAUCCACACAAGCCGUUUGUCCACUUCAUGGGAGAGACGCACUCGUACUCGGACGUGGACAGAAAGAGUAACAAAGUGGCUCGUGCGCUGCAGAAGGUGGCUGGACUGAAGGAGGGUGACACUGUGGCCUUGUUCUUGGGCAAUGAACCUUGUUUUAUCUGGAUCUGGCUCGGGCUGGCUAAACUCGGUUGCUCUACAGCUUUACUCAACUUUAACAUCAGAUCCAAAUCUCUUCUGCACUGUUUCUCCUGCUGUGGUGCAAAAGUGCUUAUUGUAGACGAAGAGCUCUGCAGCGCUGUUGAAGAAAUUCUGCCUGCUUUGAAAGAGAAGCGCAUCAGCGUGUACGUGCUCUCUGAUGCACGCAGCACCGAUGGCAUUCAGAGCAUCUCUCAGGCCAUCGCACAGGCACCUGAUGAAGCGAUGUCUCCAUCACUCAGGGCUAACGUUACACACUGCAGCACAGCGAUGUAUAUCUACACAUCUGGAACCACCGGUUUGCCUAAAGCAGCCACGGUGACGCAUGAGAAAAUUUGGGCUGCUUCGUUCAUCCAGGGCGUUUCUGGAGUCACGUCUGAAGACGUAUUUUAUAUUAACCUGCCUUUAUACCACGGCGCUGGCUUCCUCGUCGGAUUCACCGGCUGUAUCGAGAGAGGGAAUUCUUUUGUUCUGCAGAGAAAAUUUUCUGCCUCUCAGUUCUGGGACAACUGCAGGAAGUAUAAUGUUACAGUGAUGCAGUACAUCGGAGAAACAAUGCGUUACCUCUGCAAUACACCAAAGAGAGAUAAUGACCGAGACCACAGUGUGAAGAUCGCCAUCGGUAACGGAGUACGAGCCGACGUGUGGAGAGAAUUUUUGAAUCGCUUUGGGAACAUUUACGUCAGAGAGCUCUACGCUGCCACCGAGGGAAACGUUGGCUUUAUUAACUACACCACAAAGGUUGGAGUGGUGGGCCGGGUUAACUACCUCCACAAGAAAUUCUUCCCGUACUCCCUGAUCAAUUUCGACGUUGAGAAAGAGGAGCCCGUGAGGAAUGCAGAGGGAUUCUGUGUGCCAGCAGCUCCAGGUGAGCCUGGACUGCUGAUUGGGAAAAUCACCGUCAAGUCUCCGUUUGUUGGUUACGCUGGAAACAAGCAGCAGACGGAAAAGAAAAGACUCCGAGACGUGUUUGUGAAAGGAGAUCUCUAUUUCAACAGUGGCGACUUGCUGAAAAUCGACAAGGAAAACUUUGUCUAUUUUCAUGAUCGGGUUGGAGACACGUUCAGAUGGAAAGGUGAAAAUGUAGCCACGACUGAAGUAGCAGAUAUUCUCAUGAUGGUGGACUGCAUUGAGGAAGCAAACGUCUACGGAGUCGCAGUCAAAGGGCAUGAAGGAAGGAUUGGAAUGGCGGCUAUCGUGUUAAAAGAAGGGAAGGAGUUCGAUGGCACGGACAUGUAUAGGGUUGUAGCUAACCAUCUCCCAGUUUACGCCAGCCCCCGUUUCAUUCGCGUUCAGAGCUCUUUAGAACUCACAGGAACUUUCAAGAUGAAAAAGGUGAAGCUGGUGGAGGAGGGCUUUGAUCCGGCGCUCAUUCGCGACCCGCUCUACUUCCUUGAUCUAGCUGAAAAGAAAUACAUUGCCCUCACGCAAGAAAUUUAUAAUUCAGUGAUUGCAGGAGACAUUAAGCUAUAAGUCUGGAGACGAGAUAUACGAGUAUGCUUUAAAGAUGGAAGGCUGUUUUGUGGAAAACUAUAUAAGUGAAUGGUUAACUAGUUACAGACUAAUCUCAGGGAGAAUCCUGGUUUGUCAGUUUUCAAUAUCUAUGGACUAAUUUAGUUAACAAACUUUUGCUGUGAUGAUUAAUAAAAUGUAGCAUGUUUAAUAGGAUUUUAUAUUUUAUAAGAAAUAAAUGUUCUUCCAUCACUCUUAAA